GAUUCGAUGGGUAAUUACAAGUUUAGGCUGUCAGAACUAAUCCCCCACGCCUGGUUUUCCAAGCUCCGACACCUGGGGAGGUCCAGAAAUCUUCGGCAAAACACCUCCCCCCAUAGAAAACUGCACGCUUUCCCUAUCCCCUCCCCCAAAACGUCACGCAGUCCACUCCCCCUCCUGCCCACCAGCUCUUCCCUCCCCGACAAAACGCCCUCCACUUCUCGCCGCCUCCGCCGCCGCAGCACCGCCGUCUCCUCCGGCUGCAGCUGUCGUUCCAAGGCCUCGUCGAGACACUACUACUCCCCCAGCUUGCCGGAUUUCUCCACCACCUCCGGCGAUAGCUCCGUCACCGGCGGAACUUUCUCCCCGGAUCUCCGGUCCGAUCACGUUCUCCUCCCCAACGACAAAAGCGGCUCCUGGCCCAGCCCUUGCAGCUGUAACUCCAAGGCGGCGGCGCCCAAGUCGCCGGAGGUCGAUCUCCGUCGGAUCAUAACAAAACCGCCGGCGAAGAAACAGAGCGCCGAACCCAGAAAGCUCUCGGGGAGGAAAACGGCGUCGCCGGGGGUGAGGCUGAGGCUUAGCUCGCCGAGGGUAUCGGUGAGGGCGGGCAUUACGAGCACGGCGGUGGUGAAGGCGUCGGUGAAUCCGAGGAGGGAUUUCAAGGAAUCGAUGGUGGAGAUGAUUGCGGAAAACAACAUCAGAGCUUCGGAGGAUCUGGAAGAGCUUCUGGCUUGCUAUCUCUGUCUGAAUUCCGACGAGUAUCACCAGGUUAUCAUCAGUGUCUUCAAGCAAAUCUGGAUUGAUCUCAACUCCUCUUGAUCUUCCCCGCUUUUUAAACUGCGUAACGUAAUACUCAUUUACUUCAAACUUUCCCCUCUUACAUAAAUUGUCUUAUUAUAUUAUAUAUCUGAUACGUAGAUAUAUAUUUUUCUCACCGGUUAUACGAACAUGCAUCGGUUUGAAUAAAAUAUAAAAAACAUUAUUCA